CUUCAACUAAGCGAGAAGAAAAAAACAGAAGGCAAAAUUGGUUUGGCCUUUUGGGUGACAGGAGAAAGCUCUCAACACAGAAUGGGCAUCUGUAGGGAUGCUAAAACCGGACCUCGACGGGAAGCAAUGACUGGAGGAACUAGAGCUGCAAUCUUUGUAUAUGCUAUGGAGGGACUUGAGAACAUGGCAUACGUCGCCAACGCAGUGAGCCUUGUGACUUACUUUUAUGGGUACAUGAACUUCAGUCUAACAAAAUCCGCCACCACACUUACCAACUUCAUGGGAACCUCACUUCUACUUACACUUCUCGGAGGAUUUAUUUGUGACACCUACUUGUCCAGAUUCAAGACAUGUGUCCUGUUUGGAUGCAUAGAAUUGGUGGGAUACGCCCUCUUAACAGUACAAGCACACUUCAGCCAAUUAAGACCAUUUCCAUGUAAGAAUGUUGCACGGGACAAAAUGGAUCAAUGUGAGGCUGCGGACAGUGGCCAAGUUGCAAUCCUUUUUACUGGCCUCUAUCUAGUGGCAUUGGGCACUAGCGGAGUUAAAGCAGCUUUGCCAGCAUUAGGAGCUGAUCAAUUUGAUGAGAAGGAUCCUAAGGAGGCACCCCUUAUCUCCACCUUCUUCAACUGGUUCUUGUUUAGCCUCACGGUUGGGGCAAUAUUUGGUGUAACUUUUGUAGUGUGGAUCAGCUCAAACCAGGGGUGGGAUCUGGCGUUUGGAGUUUCCACACUCGUUGUUCUAUUUUCUAUUAUUUUCCUAUGCAUGGGCAAAUCCGUUUACCGGCAUAAUGCACCAAAGGGAAGCCCCAUCCUCCGUAUCGUACAGGUAUUUGUGGCUGCCAUCCGAAACAGGGCCCUUCCAGUACCAGAGAAGUCCGAAGAGUUACAUGAGAUUCAUGACAAAGAAGUGGGCAUGGAAAAUGAGAUUCUUGCAAGAACUGAUCAAUUCAGAUUCCUGGACCGGGCAGCAAUUGUUAGCACGGCAUCCGGCACCUCGCCUUCAAUUACUCCAAGACCCUGGAGGAUGUGUACCGUGACUCAAGUUGAAGAAACAAAAAUCCUGAUACGCAUGCUCCCCAUUAUACUGAGCACUUUCUUCAUGAACACAUGUUUGGCUCAGCUCCAAACCUUCUCCAUCCAACAGAGCACCACCAUGGACAGAAAUCUCCUGGGUUUUCAGGUGCCCGGACCCUCAAUCCCACUAAUUCCCCUGCUAUUCAUGUUCAUUCUUAUCCCAAUAUAUGAACGCAUUUUUGUACCGCUGGCUCGGAAGGUCACCGGAAUUCCCACUGGAAUCCGACACCUCCAGCGAAUUGCGAUUGGGCUGGUUUUGUCAACUAUUUCCAUGGCAGUAGCAGGAGUAGUGGAAACCCGCCGCAAGUCUGCUGCCAUUCAACACAACAUGGUGGACUCACCUGAUCCUCUGCCCAUAAGUGUCUUUUGGCUAGGCUUCCAAUAUGCUAUUUUUGGGGCGGCUGAUAUGUUUACAUUGGUGGGGCUGCUAGAGUUUUUUUAUGCAGAGAGUUCAUUGGGUAUGAAAUCACUGAGCACAGCCAUCGCAUGGUGUUCGGUGGCAUUUGGAUACUUCACCAGCACAAUUGUGGUAGAGGUGGUGAACAGGGUGAGCGGUGGAUGGUUGGCAAGUAAUAAUUUGAACAGGGACAAGUUGAACUACUUCUAUUGGUUAUUAGCAGGACUAAGUGUGGUGAACUUUGGGGUGUAUUUGGUAUGUGCAUCUUGGUACAGAUACAAGAAGGUGGAAGUAAAACAACUAGGAAGCUCUGCUGGUGAUGAUGAAGGAAAGGCUUGAAUGAAGAAAGUCCAGGGACAGGGAUAUCUUCCAUAAAUUGUUCUAAUAUUGUACUACUUGACGCUACUUAUUUGCUUUUGAGUCCACUGCAGGGACUCCUCUUCUUGGUAUGAAUCGUUCUUUGAAUCCA